AUGGAUGAAAGGUUCAACAAGUGGCUGCUGACGCCGGUGCUCACUCUUCUCUUCGUGGUCAUCAUGUACCAGUACGUGUCCCCCUCCUGCACCAGCUCCUGCGCCAACUUCGGGGAGCAGCCCCGCGCCGGGGAGGCCGGCCAGUCUGCCGCCCCCGGUCCCGCCCGCCCGGCACAGGCGCCGCUCGAGGACUGGGAGCGACGGCCCCAGCUGCCCCCGCCACCCCGGGGGCCGCCCGAGGGACCUCGGGGGGCCGCGGCGCCGGAGGACGAGGACGAGGAGCCGGAGGACCCGGAGGAGGACGAGGCAGAGGAGGAGGAAGAAGAGCCGGACCCCGAGGCCCCGGAGAACGGGUCGCUGCCCCGGUUCGUGCCGCGCUUCAACUUCACCCUGAAGGACCUGACCCGCUUCGUGGAUUUCAACAUCAAGGGGCGCGACGUGAUCGUGUUCCUGCACAUCCAGAAGACCGGGGGCACCACGUUCGGGCGGCACCUGGUGAAGAACAUCCGGCUGGAGCAGCCGUGCAGCUGCAAAGCCGGCCAGAAGAAGUGCACCUGCCACCGGCCCGGCAAGAAGGAGACGUGGCUCUUCUCCCGCUUCUCCACCGGCUGGAGCUGCGGGCUGCACGCCGACUGGACGGAGCUCACCAACUGUGUGCCGGCCAUCAUGGAGAAGAAAGACUGUCCCCGCAACCACAGCCAUACCAGGAAUUUCUAUUACAUCACCAUGUUGCGGGAUCCGGUGUCCCGGUACCUGAGCGAGUGGAAACACGUCCAGAGAGGGGCCACGUGGAAAACCUCCCUCCACGUGUGCGAUGGGAGGAGCCCCACCCCCGAUGAGCUGCCUACCUGCUACCCCGGGGACGACUGGUCUGGGGUCAGCCUACGGGAAUUCAUGGAUUGCACCUACAACCUGGCUAACAACCGCCAGGUGCGCAUGCUGGCCGACCUCAGCCUGGUGGGCUGCUACAACUUGACUUUCAUGAACGAGAGCGAGAGGAACGCCAUCCUGCUGCAGAGCGCCAAGAGCAACCUGAAGAACAUGGCUUUCUUCGGGCUCACGGAGUUCCAGCGGAAGACGCAAUUUCUCUUUGAGAGGACAUUCAACCUCAAGUUCAUCUCCCCCUUCACGCAGUUCAACGUCACGCGGGCUUCCAACGUGGAGAUCAACGAGGGCGCCCGCCAGCGCAUCGAGGAGCUCAACUUCUUGGACGUGCAGCUGUACGCGUACGCGAAGGAUCUCUUCCAGCAGCGCUACCACCGUACCAAGCAGCUGGAGCGCCAGAGGGACCGGCAAAAGAGGCGCGGGGAGCGGAGGCUGCAGCGGGGGCACAGGGGCCGCCGGUGGCCCAGACAGGACGGGAACCCAGAGGGGGCAGUCACGGAGGACUACAACAGCCAGGUGGUGAGAUGGUGA